GCGCACCGGUAUAGUGGCAUCGCAUAUCGGGCCGCGAUCGAUAUUCAAUUUCGGCUUACAUAAUACACGUGUGAGCCUUCGAGCAUCAACGUCGUCGUCGUCGCGUCGCCAUAUCGAUCGAGCCAAAAUCCACGCAUUCUCAUAUGCAUGUGGCGCGUGAGACACAAGAAGCGAGCGAUCGCAAGAAAGCCAACCGAGCAACGAUCGGGUUUGUCGCCUGUGUGCGCAACGGUGACUUCAACGCCUAGCAUAAGCGAGCCUCAGUCAGUUCGGUUCGCGCAAUGUUCGGAAUCGGAGUGAUAGCGCUGGAGUCCGUCGCCGGCGGGAGACGGCAGCUCUCGCUGGCUGCGACGACGGUGGUGACGAUCCUGGCCGUGGUGGCCCCAUCAGCUGUUCGAGCCCAGGCGUUCCUUAAAUCGUUUGAAGAGCUUAGCGUACAUACGAUUCCUGAUAGGGGUUCGUUGGACGAUUGUUCUCUACGACUGCAGAAGUUGGUCGAUCGAAAAGCUUCUACUUCUUCAGCGGAGCUUCCAACGUAUUCCAGAGAGUUUGCCCACUUGGCCGCAGUUGGAUGGAAACAGCCCAGUGGUGAUGUUGAGUGGAGAUGCUCGGGAGCUUUGAUUGCGGAGGAUUUUGUGCUGACGGCUGCCCAUUGCACACAAGAUGAAGAGGCAGAACCUACGACGGUUCGGUUCGGUGACCUAGAUCUCUACAGUCCCAACGAUGACCGCUUUGCGCAGCAGCUGGACAUUAAGGAAAUCAUCCGUCAUCCGCAGUUCGAUUUCAACAGCGCCUAUCACGAUGUGGCACUGCUCAGACUUGCAAAACCGGUGACCGUGACUGAUUUUGUAACGCCGGCUUGUUUGUAUACGAAUGACUCGUUCUCAUUUCCGAAGAUGUAUGCCACCGGUUGGGACUUCUAUUCGGAUGUCUCUCCACCAAUCUACAACAGCGCAUUAAACCCAAUUGAUCAAGAUCGUUGCAAGUUCUGGUAUCGCACCAACAAAGAAGCAUUCCGCAAGGGAAUCAACCGCAUGCUGAUGUGCGCUGGAGAUGAGACUUUAAAAACCUGUCCUGGAGACACCGGUGGGCCGCUCCAGGUUCGACUGCUGUCCAGUUCCAGAUACACGCCCUUUGUAAUAGGUAUUUCUGUUCUGGGAGUUCCUUGUGGACAAACAACGCCCGGAGUGUACGCCAAGCUAGCUCAUUACAUUAAUUGGAUCGAAGAUGUUACAAAGAGGAACUAUUAUCCCCAAGAGUGUGUCACGAGGCACAUCUCUAGACGCGAGUGGGACGAAGCCCUUGUUCCCACUGCCGUUAAGAGCUCCUACAACCACCCACAACUAACCGGGAAAAAAGAAACUAUGUCGGUCGAUCCAACCGGUGCACAGCUACAGAUCUUCAAAGAAUUCAAGUGUGCCGUUGGAAAGGACGCCGACAACAUUGAUUGGAUCUGUGGCUGUACGAUAGUGGCACAGGAUUUCGCACUGACAUCGGCACGUUGCGUGAAGAAUAUCGAGGUCGACAUCGUCAACUACAAGAAUGACUGGAAGCGCAUUGCCGAGGUAAUCUUCCAUCCGGAGUACGACAAAAAAACGCUUUACAACGAUCUGGCACUGAUCCGGCUGCAGACCGAUAACAGGAACCGUUACGAUUGGAAAUCCGUUUCUUGUGUCGCCGCCGCCACCGCCGCCGGCAACGAAGAUCAAAGCCGGUUCCUUUCGUUCGGUAUCGGACCGUACAACUUGAAUGAUGACGGCACCGUGGAUAACAACACCGAUGGGACCGAGCGCUACCUGACGGCUGCCCUGGAACUGCUGCCCAGGGACAACUGCACCGAGUUCUACAAGAAGUAUGGCAUUCUGAAGGAUGGCAUCAACGACACGACGCAGUUCUGUACCUGGUCCAGGGACUAUCUGGUGCCGGGGGCGUGCGAACCGUGGAACGGGAACGAAGUGCUGAACGAAAUUAGACCCGCGAGAGACACCAAUCCGUUCCCGGAGGAUUUGAUUGGCGUCGGUUCGUAUGCGCCGGACUGUGGAUUCGGUCGACCGUUGGUGGCAUCCAGGGCAAUUGCCUUCCGCGAAUGGAUGAAUUCGGUUAUCUACAAAACGAUUAAUGUCAACAGUGUACCACAGGUGCUGAUGGAAAAGGAACUGGCCCUGGACUACAUCUGCGAGGCCUGGGACCGUGAGGCGGGCGUUUGCGUCCAUAUUGACCACUGCAAUCAUCGCUCGCUGGUGGACGAAAUCAAAUUCUGCACCAACGAAACGGCACCGAUAGUGUGCUGUCCGGUUAACUCGUUCAUCGCUACGGCUCAUCUGCCGCUGCUGACCGAAUGCGAAACCAAUUACCAGCGCUUCAGGAAGAAGCAUGUCGAUUUCGCGUCGCCCGAAGGGCAGCGCAUUGAAGAGGCCGCCGACCAUCCGCACUCGGUCAUGAUCGGCUGGAAAGUCAAUCGGACUGCUGCCACUAGCUGGAACUGCAUGGGCACGUUAAUUAACAGGAACACCGUCCUCACGACGGCUGGCUGCACCAACACGGUCAAGAGACGCAGUCCAGAUGUCAUCAGCAUCGGUGAAACCGAUGUCAGCAAAAUCGACGACGGCGAGGCACAAAUUAUCCGAGUGAUGGAAACCAUUCGCUACCCCAGUUACAAUCCCAAAACGCACGACUACGAUAUUGCCAUCCUGAAGCUCGAAUCGGAUGUUGCUGUCAACGAGAACGCCAUUCCGGCCUGUUUGUGGCGUGAUUUAAAUCGAACGCCUUACUACGCACAGGAGGUGCAGUUCAACAAACAGUUUUUCACCGCACGGGACAAGAACGUGGUGCACAAUCGGGACUGCAAACAGUUCACCUCCCACACCGAGCUCAACAACGACCAGAUGUGCUGGCAGGAGUUCAAACUCGCGCCGGACGGGAGCGAGGCGGCCAACUGCGGCCACAAGGGCGAUCCAUUCAUCUCGUUCCAGCGAGUCAACAACGUCUACCUGCCCUACCUGGUGGGUCUGUACAGCUUCGGGGACAAGGAACGGUGCGCGUCCGGUGAGGCCGUGGUCGCCACCCGGAUCUCGUCCUACAUCAACUGGAUCAGUCUGUAUUUACAGUAAUAGCAGUAGGUACCCUACUGGAGAGUGUGGAAUGACCACCAGCAUAAGAGACAAGAGCGCGGUAGAGCUUAUUUUAUGUUCAGCCGUAGCGCCGUACUAUUUGUGCGCCAAUCGGCUACUGGCAGCGUAAGUACCCAUUUGCUUCGAUUAGCUUUCUCCAUAGGAAUCAUAGCGAUGACGAGGAUGUGAUGAAUGCGAGCAUGGUUAGAAAUAAAGUGCUUUUUGUAUCGGCCAUUUAUCUGCGAAGAGUGUUUCGUGGUUAGU